GGAGGCGGCGAUCCCGGCGGAGGGGGCCGUUCGCCAGCUCCGAGGCAGAAAGUGCCACGACUCCACACGCGCGCACGCAGCUAGCGAGCGGCCGGAGCGGGCGGCGGACGGGGCGGGCGGCGUCGGGGUCGCGGCGCUUGCAGCUGCUCGGGCGGCUUCUCGUUGGAGGCUCGGCGGGUUCCUCCCUCCCGGUUCCGUGGUAGCGGCGGCUGCGGCUCCUGCCCUCCCGCUCUCCCUCCCGCGUCUCGGGCUGCAGGAAGAGAAGAAAUUCCGUUAUCUCAGAACCCCUUGCAGGCCAGCAAGUGUCGGCCAGUUGAGCCUGCUAGUAAUCUCGCCCUGCAGGUGACGCCUGCAUCCUUCCCUUCGGAGGCCUCCACCGGUCUACAUUAGAGUGUGCUCGUAACAGCAGAAGGAAAGCAAGACAGGAUGGAUUUUUAUGACACUCAAACCUUGGGAGUGGUGGUCUUCGGUGGAUUCAUGGUUGUUUCUGCCAUUGGGAUCUUUCUGGUGUCAACCUUCUCUAUGAAGGAGACAUCAUACGAAGAAGCCCUGGCCAACCAGCGCAAGGAGAUGGCAAAAACUCACCACCAGAAAGUAGAGAAGAAGAAGAAGGAGAAAACAGUGGAAAAGAAAGGAAAGACCAAGAAAAAAGAAGAAAAACCCAAUGGGAAGAUACUGGACCAUGAAUCUACUCCCAGUGCAACUAUCCUCCUCAAAGACACAGCACGAGCCGUGGCUCCAAGUCCCCUGCACUCCCCCGUGGUUCUCACCCCAGUAGCCACCGUAGCAGCCAUGCCCCAAGAGAAGCCGGCUUCUUCCCCUAAGGACAAAAAGAAGAAGGACAAAAAAGUGGCAAAGGUGGAACCAGCUGUCAGUUCUGUAGUGAAUUCUGUCCAGGUUCUUGCCUCCAAGUCUGCUGUCUUUGACACUGCCCCCAAGGAGGUGCCUAUGGUGGUUGUGUCCCCAGUGGGUGCCAAGACCUCCACUGCACAGGGUAGAAAGGCAGAAGUAACCCAAAACCAGGGCAAAAAGGCUGAAGGGGCUCAGAGCCAGGGUAAGAAGGCAGAGGGGGCCCAGAGCCAGGGCAAAAAGGCUGAAGGGGUGCCAAACCAGGGCAAGAAGACAGAAGGGGCCCAGAGCCAGGGCAAGAAGGCAGAAGGGGCUCAGAGCCAGGGCAAAAAGGGAGAAGGGGCCCAGAGCCCGGGCAAGAAGGCUGAAGGGACCCAGAAUCAGGGCAAGAAAGCAGAAGGGGCUCAAAAUCAGGGCAAGAAGGCAGAUGGAGCCCAGAAUCAGGGCAAGAAGGCAGAAGGGGCUCAAAAUCAGGGCAAGAAGGCAGAUGGAGCCCAGAAUCAGGGCAAGAAGGCAGAGGGGGCUCAGAACCAGGGCAAGAAGGCAGAUGGAGCCCAGAAUCAGGGCAAGAAGGCAGAGGGCGCUCAGAGCCAGGGCAAGAAGGCCGAUGGAGCCCAGAAUCAGGGCAAGAAGGCAGAGGGCGCUCAGAACCAGGGCAAAAAGGCAGAUGGAGCCCAGAACCAGGGCAAAAAGGCAGAUGGAGCCCAGAAUCAGGGCAAGAAGGCAGAGAGCGCUCAGAACCAGGGCAAGAAGGCAGAGGGGGCUCAGAACCAGGGCAAGAAGGCCGAUGGAGCCCAGAAUCAGGGCAAGAAGGCAGAGGGCGCUCAGAACCAGGGCAAAAAGGCAGAUGGAGCCCAGAACCAGGGCAAAAAGGCAGAUGGAGCCCAGAAUCAGGGCAAGAAGGCAGAGAGCGCUCAGAACCAGGGCAAGAAGGCAGAGGGGGCUCAGAACCAGGGCAAGAAGGCAGAGGGGGCUCAGAACCAGGGCAAGAAAACAGAGGGAACCCAGAAUCAGGGCAAAAAAGCAGAGGGGACUCAGAACCAGGGCAAAAAGGUAGAGGGGGCUCAGAAUCAAGGCAAAAAAGCAGAAGGGGCUCAGAACCAGGCUAAAAAGGCGGAGGGGAGCCCUAAGGGCAAAAAGGCAGAGGGGGCUCAGAACCAAGGCAAGAAGGCAGAGGGAGCCCCCAACCAGGGCAAAAAGGCAGAGGGGGCUCAGAAUCAGGGCAAAAAGGCAGAUUCAGUUGCUAAUCAGGGCACAAAGGCAGAAGGUGCUGGAAACCAGGGGAAAAAAGAGGGGGGCUCUAAUCAAGGCAAAAAGGCAGAGGGAAUUCCUAACCAGGGGAAAAAGUCAGAAGGGGCCCCCAACCAGGGCAAAAAGGCAGAUCCACCUGCCAGUCAGGGUAAAAAGGCAGAAUCAGCUCCUGCUCAGGGCAAGAAUGCAGAUGUGGUCCAGAGCCAGGAGGCAUUGAAGCAAGAGGCUCCUGCAAAGAAAAAAUCUGGUUCGAAGAAGAAAGGUGGUGAGCCUGGGCCCGCGAACGCCGACGGCCCUCUAUGCCUCCCCUACAAGACGCUGGUGUCCACUGUGGGCAGCAUGGUGUUCAGUGAGGGCGAGGCUCAGCGGCUCAUCGAGAUCCUGUCUGAGAAGGCUGGCGUCAUUCAGGACACCUGGCACAAGGCCACUCAGAAGGGUGACCCUGUGGCGAUCCUGAAGCGCCAGCUGGAGGAGAAGGAGAAGCUGCUGGCCACAGAGCAGGAGGAUGCGGCCGCCGCUAAGAGCAAACUGCGGGAGCUCAAUAAGGAGCUGGCAUCCGAGAAGGCCAAGGCGGCCGCCGGGGAGGCCAAGGGGAAGAAGCAGCUGGUGGCCCGGGAGCAGGAGAUCACGGCCAUGCAGGCACGCAUGGAGGCCAGCUACCGUGAGCACUUGAAGGAGGUGCAGCAGCUGCAGGGCAAGAUCCGCACUCUUCAGGAGCAGCUGGAGAACGGCCCCAACACGCAGCUGGCCCGCCUGCAGCAGGAGAACUCCAUCCUGAGGGACGCCUUGAACCAGGCCACAAGCCAGGUGGAGAGCAAGCAGAACGCAGAGCUAGCCAAGCUGCGGCAGGAGCUCGGCAAGGUCAGCAAGGAGCUGUCGGAGAAGGCCGAGUUGGCCAGGCAGGAGGAGCAGCAGCGGAAGGCUCUGGAAACCAAGGCAGCCGCCUUCGAGAAGCAGGUUCUGCAGCUGCAGACGUCGCACAAGGAGAAUGAGGAGGCCCUGCAGAAGCGCCUGGACGAGGUGAGCCGGGAGCUGUGCCGAUCCCAGACCAGCCACGCCAGCCUCCGGGCAGACGCUGAGAAAGCCCAGGAGCAGCAGCAGCAGAUGAGCGAGCUGCACAGCAAAUUGCAAUCCUCUGAGGCCGAGGUGAAGAGCAAGUGCGAGGAGCUGAGCAGCCUCCAAGGCCAGCUCAAGGAGGCCAGGGCCGAGAACUCCCAGCUCACAGAGAGAAUCCACUCCAUCGAGGCGCUGCUGGAGGCAGGCCAGGCCCAGGACGCGCAGGCCAGCCACGCAGAGCCCGAACAGCAGCAGGCCCGCCUCAGAGAGCUGGAGUCGCAGUUGAGGUGUGUGGAGAAGGAGGCCACCGAGCUCAAGGAGGCCGUGGAGCAGCAGAAAGUGAAGAACAACGACCUCCGAGAGAAGAACUGGAAGGCCAUGGAGGCGCUGGCCUCGGCCGAGAGAGCCUGUGAGGAGAAGCUGCGCUCCCUGACCCAGGCCAAGGAGGAGUCAGAGAAGCGCCUGGGCGAGACGGAGGCACAGAGCAGGGAUGUGCUGCUGACGCUCUUCCCGGCCCUCAGCCCCGCGGCCAACCAGAGCUACACCAAGUGGCUGCAGGAAGUGAGAGAGAAAGCACCCGAGCUGCUGCAGCUGCCGGCUACCACGACGUCGUCCCCGGACCUAGCCUCCAAGCUCCGGGAGGCGGAAGAGACCCAGAGCAGCCUACAGGCCGAGUGCGACCAGUACCGCACCAUCCUGGGCCAGACGGAGGGCAUGCUCAAGGAGCUGCAGAAGAGUGUGGAGGAUGAGGAGCAGGUGUGGAAGGCCAAGCUGAGCAACGCCGAGGAGGAGCUGCAGAAGUCCCGGGCCAGAGUGAAGCAUCUCGAGGAGACUCUGGACAAGCUUAAAGGAGAACUGGAAGCUUCCGAUCAGCUGAGGGAACACACCUCAAACCUGGAAGCGGAGCUAGAGAAGCACAUGGCAGCCGCCAGCACCGAAUGCCAGAGCUACGCCAAGGAGGUGGCAGGGCUAAGGCAGCUUUUGUUAGAAUCUCAGUCUCAGUUGGAUGCAGCCAAGACUGAAGCCCAGAAACAGAGCAGCGAGCUGGCCCUGGUCAGGCAGCAGUUGAGUGAGAUGAAGAGCCACGUAGAGGAUGGUGCCGUAGCUGGGGCCCUGGCUGCCCCCACAGAGGCCCCCCCAGCUGAGCAGAGCCCCGUCGAGGUUAGGGCGCUGAGGUCGCAGCUGGAGCAGACGGAGGCCGUCCUGCAGAGUGAACAGAUGCGGCGGCAGCAGCUGGCCAGCGAGUUUGAGGAGGCUCAGAACUCAGCGUGCCGGCUCCAGGCAGAGCUGGAGAAGCUCCGCAGCGGCUCCCCGAACCCAUCCUCAGAAGCAGAGGCCUCUCAGCUGAAGGAGAGGUUAGAAAAAGAGAAGAAGUUAACCAGUGACCUGGGACGUGCAGCUACCAAACUGCAGGAGCUUUUGAAGACCACCCAGGAACAGCUGGCGAAGGAGAGAGAGACCGUGAAAAAGUUGCAGGAGCAGCUGGACAAAGCAGAGGAUGGCAGCAGCUCAAAAGAGGGUACCUCCGUCUGAGUCUCCUGAGGAAGAAGUUACUGUUCAACUUACCAAAAUGCCUUACACAUUCCUUAUAAAUAAACCAACCAACACAGCGUUAUCCAGGCCCAACUUCCAGUAGCUCUGAGAAGCCAUUGGAGACAGCCGUCUCUUAGAACCACAGAGCUGAUCUUCCAGACCCCCCUUUGUAAACGAACCUUUGUCACAUUCGAUAAACACUAUUCCCCAGGACCAGCCCUGGCCUACUGCCAGCAGACACCAAAGCCCUUAUCAGGUGCGACAGCCCCUAGGCUGUGUGCUGGGAAGCAGGGACUCUGGGUAUCUAUGUGUCAAUCAGUGCAAUUGUUUGU